GAUGGAAACAGUCGUAUGCAUCCGCUGUGGUGCAAGAAGAAAGUUCGAGGAAAGAUGCACGAAGAGGAUGGCAGCGAAGCAAAUUCCCCAACAGCUUCGGGAAUUGUGGCAUCCAAAUCCCUGGACGUGGCCGAAGUCGAGGGACCCAAGGACCAGCCCGCAAAACUAUGCGGCCACUUGACCAAACUGGCUGGCAAGGGGCCACUGAGGGGCUACAAGCCGAGGUGGUUUGUUUAUGAUCCGAGGAAAUGUUACUUGUAUUACUUCAAGACUCCUCAGGACGCUCUGCCGCUGGGCUACAUGGAGAUAGGCGAUGCGUGCUUCAGCUAUGAUGUGGAAGGAGACGAGGGCCUGUUCGAGAUCCACACCACAGGGAAGGAGUUCCUUCUGAAGGCCCCAAACAGACAGAUCAUGCAUUACUGGCUGCAGCAGCUCCAGCAGAAGCGCUGGGAGUACAGCAACACGCGCGGCUCCGGGCAGAGAGACAGCUGGAGCUCGCCAACACAGGCUUUCCCUCACACCGGUCUCGUUGCCGGAGACAACGAAGUGUUCUCCAUUGAGAAGUCAAACGAGAACAUGGAGAAGGUGCGCAGUGACUUCGCCCUGGAGACUGAGACCCACUGCGGCAGCAUCGGAGACCCACCGGGCCUCAUGUCCGCCAGGGGGCCCGGCGGCGGAUCCUCCACCAACCACCUCAACUUCUCCCUACGCAACUGGGGCACCGAAAUCAGGAACUCCAUGUCUCACCUGCGGGCCGGGAGAGGAGGGGAGCACCGCCGCAGCGUCUUCAACACCCACAGCGCCGCCAACGCCUCCGCGGCCGCGUCGGAGGACUGGGAGCUGGUGGAGCCCCCGCCCAAAGAGGGCCCCGAGCAGAAGGGCGCUCCCCCGGCACACAGACACUCCAUCGCCUUGCCCUUCGAGUUCGGGCGGAGUUCCCUGCGUCCCAGGAGGCCCUUCCUCCGAGACAUUAAGGGCUCCGUGAAGUCCGGGCGCAGCGCCGACAGUGCGUCCCCCGUGGAGCCCCCCGUGGAGACCCAGCUGCGCCUGCAGACCCAGCAGGAGGAGCUGGGCCGCCUGCAGCAGGAGCAGGAGAAGCUCCGCGAGGAGCUGGCCAGCCAGAAGGAGCUGGUGAGACUCUUACAGCAGACUCUCAGGACGUCCCAACGUGGCUGGUCACCGGCCGGCCCCCACUCCCCGCUCCUCGCCCCGGUCCUGAUCCCGGAGUCACUUUCAGCCCCGGGCCCGAGCCCAGCUCCCGAGGAGGCCCUCCACGCGGAGACGGCGCUCCAGGAGAGUGACAGGCAGCUGCAGGAGAGUGACAGGCAGCUGCAGGAGAGGGACAGACAGCUGCAGGAGCUGUGCGGCCACAUGGAGCGCCUGGCGCUGGAGAAGGAGAGCCUGCAGCACGAGCUGAAGGGCCUGAAGAUCAAGGUGGGCGACAUGAACGAGCAGCUGGGCAUGAUGAUGGAGACCAUCCAGGCCAAGGACGAGAUCAUCAUGAAUUUGUCCCAGCAGAGCGCCGAGGCCGGUGGCCACGGCAACUGUGGCAGUCCACCGCCCUGCAGCAAAGACCUGCAGGAGAUGGACAACCUCAAGGAAACACUUCAGGGCUACAAAACUCAGAACAAGUUCCUGAACAAAGAGAUCCUGGAGCUAACCGUGUUACGAAGAAAUGCGGAAAGCAGAGAGAAGGCUGUUGAUGCAAAGUGCACCUCCCUGGAGGCCAAGCUGUGCCAGGUGGAGAGCAAGUACCUGGUGCUGCUGCAGGAGGUGAAGACCCCCGUCUGCUCGUCCUCGGAGCAGAGCGCCGCUCACGACGUCAUCUCCCGGCUGCUGGAGGACGCGCUGCAGGUGGAGCCCUCGGAACACCAGGACCACCCCGUCUUCAGGCCCAGCACCGUCAGCGAGUACGACGCGUACGGCUUCAAGACGGUGCCUGAGGAAGAGGAGGAGGAGGAGAAGCUGGACGCCAAGAUGCGCGCGCUGGAGCUCAAGUCCCUGUCCAUGACGGACCAGGAGGUGUCGGUGGGCGUCAAGUGGGAGAACUUCCUGGCGGGCACCAUGAACCGCGACCUGGUCCCCUCGCCCGAGCUGAAGGCGCUGAUGCGCAGCGGCGUGCCGCACACGCACCGCCACAAGGUGUGGCGCUGGUGCGUCAACCUCCACGUGCGCAAGCUGCGCGAGCACCUGCCGCCGGACUACUACGAGGCGCUGCUGAGCGUGGCGCGGGACAUGCCCAACCCGGCCUCCAAGCAGAUCGAGCUGGACCUGCUGCGCACGCUGCCCAACAACAAGCACUACGCGUCGCCCGGCGCCCCCGGGGUCCCCACGCUGCGCAACGUGCUGAUGGCCUUCAGCUGGAGGAACCCCGACAUCGGCUACUGCCAGGGGCUCAACAGGCUGGUGGCCAUCGCCUUGCUCUACCUGGACCAGGAGGAGGCCUUCUGGUGCCUCAUAGCCAUAGUGGAGGUCUUCAUGCCCAGAGACUACUACACCAAGACUCUGCUCGGAUCACAGGUGGACCAGCGUGUCUUCAAGGACCUGAUGAGUGAGAAGCUGCCCCGUCUCCACGCCCACUUUGAGCAGCACAAGGUGGACUUCUCCCUCAUCACCUUCAACUGGUUCCUGGUGGUCUUCGUCGACAGCGUGGUCAGCGAGAUCCUCCUCAAAAUCUGGGACGCAUUCCUGUACGAGGGCCCCAAGAUCAUAUUCCGCUUCGCCCUCGCCCUCUUCAAGUACAAAGAGGAGGAGUUCCUCAAGCUGCAGGACUCCACCGCCAUCUUCAAGUACCUCAGACACUUCACACGCACCAUUCUGGACUCCAGGAAGCUGUCGAGCGUGGCCUUCGUGGACAUGAACCCGUUCCCCAUGCGGCAGAUCCAGAACCGGCGAGCGUUCCACCUGGAGAAGGUGAGGCUGGAGCUGACGGAGCUGGAGGCCAUCCGCCAGACCUUCCUCCGGGAGCGGGAGGACCGCCAGGACCGCCACACCUUCGUCAGCGACGACGAGGAGGACAACUGA